AUGGCCUACUACUACGAGAAUGUCCAAGGAGGGCAUUUCUCUCAGGAUCAGGUACCUUACUACGAAGAACAGAGUUACAGCCAGUUGUCCAUGGCUUACCUUGGAAGUUCAACAACAUCGAGCUCCCCGGCACCGGUUGACCCUAGUCUUGGAUCCUUUUCCCAUCCGCAAUGCCAAACUCCGUGGCCGACACACCAAACCCACCAGAUUCAGCAAUACAUGGAUGGGCCACGAACAGCCUUCUUCGUUCAUGACCAUACCCAAGUUUUUCUUGGAGUAAGCCAACCUGCCAAGGAGUCAAACCCUCUACCUCCAGCUUCACAGAGGAGACACGGUUCCCCAUGUUCUCAGCAGACGCUGUCGAGCAGUGAUUCCCAUAGCCCACCCACGGAGAGUGAUGUCCUACCCGCAACUCCCCCGGACUAUUCGGCCACUUCUCCUCUCUUGCAGCACAAGCAGUUCGUUGGAAGCUGGGGAACCCAACUUCAGUCCCACGCGCUGUUUGGCAUGGACGUGCAAGGGAAUACCUGUGUCAAUCCUUACGAGGUGAACGACAUGUUUGAGAAAGAGGUUGUCCCAACGACCUUUGAGAGUACUGCAACCUUUAGCUUUUGCUGCUCAGAGUCCGAUGAGGCCAGUGUUGCCCAACACUCGACUUUCUCGUCACGUCAAAUCACUCCAGAGCCCCUCAUCAAACAGGAGGCAACCAUAACCAACCUACCAUUCCAUUCAAACUACCCAGACCCUGAAUCGGGCAGCACAAGCAUCUUCGAACCGGAGAUCAAGGCCGAGCCUCUUGCCGCCGACGACGACAAGGACCUGGACUACAAACCCAAGCAUUCGAGGAAACGCUCCCGAAAACCCACGGCCGGAUCCCAGGCUCGCCCCUCCGGUUCGUCUCAUGAACGAAAGCGGUCGAAAAUCAACAACGACAUUGGUAGUCUUUCUUCAACUAGACUAAACGCAACGCUGUCGUCGAUGAGAAACCCCAAGAUCCUUUGCAAAGAGUGCAACACCCCCUUUUCCGAUGAGAGCACCCACCAGAAGCACAUGAAGCAACACCAUACCCGCCCCUUUGUAUGCGUCUUCAACUACGCCGGCUGCCCAUCCACCUUUGCCAGCAAGAACGAAUGGAAGCGUCACGUAAGUUCUCAACACUUGGCUCUCCAGUACUGGCUCUGUGAGCAAGACGGCUGCUCCAAAACCACCAACCCUCCCACCAACCGACGCUCUUCUUCCUCUUCCUCCUCUUCCGUCACACCGACACCACCCGCCCUGCCAAACGGCGCCAUCUUCAACCGUAAAGAUCUCUAUACACAACACGUCCGCCGCAUGCACGUACCGCCACAUGUGCGCAAGGUUCAGAAGCAGAAGAAGCCUACCCCCGACUGGGACGAGCACCUCAAGAGUCUACAGACGGACGCAGAGAAGAUCCGCUGCGAUCUGCCAAGAUACAUGCGCUGCCCCGCCGUCAACUGCGGACACGAUUUCAACGGACCCCAGGCCUGGGACGAACGCAUGGAGCACGUUGCGCGACAUCUUGAGCGCGCCGCGGAAGGAAAGGAGCCCAUGGUCCACUUUGGCGGGGAACACGACCCGACACUCACGCAAUGGGCCUCCAGCGCUGAUGUCUACGUUGUCCGGCGGAAACGGAACCUUGCACUUGAGUGGGAGCUCAUUAAUCCCCUCAAGGGAGAGGUUGGUCCCUCCGCAGGCAACGGCAAGGGUGGCAGCAGCAGCACCAACUCGACCGUUCACAAGGAGAUUGUUGUUGCAGUCUGCUCCGACGAGGAUGCCGAGGGCGAGGAUGAAGAGUAA